AAUUUCUUUUAAAGGUUUGAGCAAGAUCCACAAUCAUUCAAUAGAAACUAUUGGAAAUUUUUUUUGGGUAAACGGUCAUGUUUUCAGUAUCUCAAAUUACAUAGAACAUUAUUAUGUUCAUUUUAAUUAUUAAAAUAAAAUCUUUGAUUAGAAGAUAUUUAAUAAAAAUUGAUAACACCCCCACAAAAAAAUAAUCAUGAUUUAUUAUUUUGUCGAAUGUUUGUCAAAAUAUUAUUUUGUAAAGAAAUUAUAAACGAAACUAAUCUUCUAUCUACACGAGAACAAAAAGAAGAAACUAGAACACAAAGACCAGGGGGCAAGUAGAAACCCUAGUUUCAACUUUCAAGGUUCGAGAUACUCUCUUCAUUUUUAGGGUUCCAAUAUCAGAUCGAUCGCAAUCGGUUUGUCUGGAAGCUUUGAUUUCGUCCGUUUUUGGAGCUUCUACUCGUACAGCUGUGUUCUGUUCGAUGGCGGAAGAUAAUAAUAGAAGAAACGGCGGCACUGGAGACGAUCGGAGCGAGACGAGUGAUUACUCAUCUGAGGACGAAGGGACGGAGGAUUACAGGCGCGGAGGUUAUCAUGCUGUUCGUAUUGGUGAUAAAUUUAAGCAUUCGAGAUAUAUUGUUCAGAGCAAGCUCGGUUGGGGUCAUUUUUCCACCGUUUGGCUCGCUUGGGACACUCAGAAAUCGAGAUAUGUAGCUUUAAAAGUUCAAAAAAGUGCUCAACACUACACCGAGGCAGCAAUGGAUGAAAUCACUAUAUUGAAGCAGAUAGCUGAGGGGGAUCCAGAUGAUCAAAAGUCUGUUGUGAAGCUUUUGGAUCAUUUCAAACACUCAGGACCAAAUGGACAGCAUGUUUGUAUGGUUUUUGAGUAUUUGGGUGAUAAUCUUCUGACAUUAAUCAAGUAUUCAGAUUACCGAGGAGUCCCUCUCCACAAGGUUAAAGAAAUUUGCUUCCACAUUUUAGGGGGUUUGGAUUACUUACAUCGCCAGCUUUCCAUUAUACACACUGAUCUUAAACCAGAAAACAUUUUACUUCUAUCCAUGAUUGAUCCAGAAAGAGAUCGAACAAAAUCAGGCACACCCCUCAUCCUCUCAUCAAGUAAAGAUCUUUUAGCUGACUCCGGGCCUUCUAAAGAAGUUAAGAAUUCAAAUGGUGAUCUCACCAAGAACCAGAAAAAGAAAAUCAAGAAAAAGGCUAAGAAGGCUGCCCAAAACGGUGCUGGAAGGGAAGAUCUUGAUGAAGUUGAACAAGACAAUGAUUCAAUCAAUCCUGAUUCUUGCUCUAAUGAGAAACCAAAUGGGGUGGACUCCAUUGAAGACCAUGCUUCUUCUUCAGUUGUGAAAGAUGACUCCAAGAAUCAUCCUGAUGUAAGGGAAAGGAAUCAACUUCGUGGAAGAGGGAGUCGAUCAACAAGACAAAAGCUAUUGGCUGAUGUUGAUGUUAAAUGCAAGUUAGUUGAUUUUGGUAACGCAUGUUGGACUUAUAAACAAUUUACUGGAGAUAUACAAACUAGGCAAUACAGGUGUCCAGAGGUUCUACUGGGAUCCAAAUAUUCAACUUCUGCUGAUCUAUGGUCUUUUGCUUGCAUUUGCUUCGAGCUUGCAACUGGUGAUGUCCUCUUUGAUCCUCAUAGUGGUGACAACUAUGACAGAGAUGAGGAUCAUUUGGCUCUAAUGAUGGAACUUCUUGGAAUGAUGCCUCGAAAGAUAGCUUUAGGUGGGAGAUACUCGCGUGAGUUUUUUAACAGACAUGGGGAUUUGAGGCAUAUAAGGCGAUUGCGUUUUUGGCCUUUGCAUAAGGUGCUUAAGGAGAAAUAUGAGUUUAGUGAACAAGAGGCGACUGAUUUGGCUGAUUUUCUUGUUCCUAUUCUUGAUUUUGUGCCUGAGAAAAGGCCUACAGCUGCUCAAUGCCUUAGUCAUUCAUGGUUCACUGGUGGACCUCGGGUACUUACUCCCAAGGCUGAUGUUGUUGAUGAUGAUAAUAAUAAGAGUUGUGAGAAAAGUAAUGAGAAACAUGAGAGGGAAGCUAUGGAGGCUGGAGUUGGGAACAUAGCUAUUGGCGGAGUUUCAAAGACACCAUCAAAACAAGCUUCUUGAGUUGUCUGGGCUUAGCAGUUGAUAUUUUUGACCGUGGCAUGGGGAUUUUGUGCAUCAGGUUAUUGGAAAAACAUUGCCAAUUUUCUUAAGGCUGUAUGCAUAUUCUUUGUACAAUUUAUGUAUUAGGGGGAUUUGCUUGGAUUGGUAUGAUUUAUGAUGAUCCCAAACCAAUUGUACAUCUUAUUGGACUGGGUCCGUGAUUUUCUUUUUCUUUUGCUACCAAACAAAUGAGAAUAUGCAUUAAUGCAUAUGCGCAUGUCUUAAUCUGGAUUAUUAUUAUUAUUUUUUAAUACUACUUUUAUUUGCCAAUC